ACAAAACUGGUGUGUUGAGUUUAAGUAAUGUGUUAACAGUGCUUAAAACCGGAAAUAAAAUGGAAAAAUUGAAACUAAUACAAUUAUUAGGUGAACUACAACUUCAUAAUGUCAAUGACUGCGCCGAAGAAGAUUCCUUAAAUAAAAUAUCGGCGGCGUAUGACACACUCCAAACAACACCAGAUGGCGUUAAUCAAACACUUAACAUUUCAACUCAAAAAACACCCGCGGAAUGGGAAUACAUCAGUUUGAAUUUAUAUUUGUUGAAAUUAUUAAAUAAUUUGCUGUCAAAAGAUGAAAAUAACAUCCUGAGCGUGCAGGAGACGAAAACAGCCAAGAUGAGCGUCAAAAACAUUGUCUCCGUUGGGAUUUUAAAAAACUUGCAGCCCAACAUGCCUUUUUCCAUUAAAUCUGAUUCACCCAACACAGACGUGAUUCAAACUUACACUGUAUUAAAACACACCACAUUUACUUUAUGCGAAUUUAUAACGUUACCUGAGCUACGCCCUUUGAUACUGCCCGAAUCUUUAAAAGCCAUCCUGGUGUCACUUUAUCAAAUUGCCUUUUGUCCUUUGCUGAAGCCGGGAAAGACACAGUCGGAUUUCAGCAUGACCCAAGAGCUUUACCAACAACUGUUACGGGAACAGGAACAGUCCAAGGCGUUGUUGGACCAGUUGUGCAACAAAAUCCAUCCGUCCAUGUUCGUGAAGGAAACCAUGAUAAUAUUUCAAGAAAACGCCCCCGUUUGGUUCAAAAAAUGCGUCUCGCAAACGCUGACCAACGUCAUGAGGUCGAAGCGAGGCGUGGAAAACAUCGCGCUCGCCUUGCUGGACGGCACGACCGAUGACAGCACGAGAACGUGGAAGUCCCUGGAGAUCAUCACGAAGUUGCUGAUGUGCUGUACCAAGUUCCCAGACUUCAAGGACAACAUCGCCAAGCAAAUCGUCGAGUUGCUGGCCAGAACGGCGGAGCACGACCUGGUGUUCGAGCGCAUCUUCAUGCACUUCACCAAAACGCUAUAUUUCGUGGACAAAGAGCUGUGUCUGGACGUUUUCGUCAGGAGAGUCGUCAGUCCGUUCGUCCGGUUUACGUAUAAGCAACACAAAUUGACCGACGGCCUGGAUAUUACCAAGGAGAUGCAGCAAAACGUUCGUAUUUUGCACGAACUGUUCCACUUAAGGACUGGCGCCACCAAAAAAUUACCGGUUGGCAUUUUGCAACCGAUUUUUUCCGUGAUAUUUAGAUUUUAUUGCGUAACUUUUGGUACACAACUAAAAGUGACCAGUAACGAGCUCAAGGAUGUUUUGUUGGAGAUUUUUAAAGCCGGCGACAAAUUUAGCUUGUUCGACUUGUUCAUAUUUAACAUUUCUUCAGAUGUUUUAAUAAAGUUUAGGGGCGAUGUUGUAAUUAGUGUGGACGAGGGUGUGAUGUUGGUUAAAUGUCAGGAACACGUUGUUAGUUAUCCCGUUUCAGAUAAUGCGGAGAUGGUGCUGGAAAUACUUAAGAACCAGGACGAGCUUCUGGUUUGCCUGUUUGGGUAUUUGUUAAAUUGUUUAUCGCAACGAGAAAAGUACUUUCCUAAAAGCAACACUUCUUUAUUAAAUGUUGAGAAUGAAUUUAUGAAUGAUUAUUUCGAAAGAAGCUUGACUGUCUAUAAAUUACUUUCUGAUUUAUCUGCGGAUGAAAAAUUACAAAAGGAGAUUGUCAAAAAUCCGGACAGUAUUAUUAAAUACAUAAAGAACGUCUUAGAUAGGACCCUAGAACUGAAAACUCACCAAACUACAGAUUACGACUCUGAAGGCUUUCAAUCAGUAUUCACAAUUAUUAUGAUACUCCAGUCAUUAGUUUCUAAUAGUAAAAAUUUAGGUAAGGACAAAACUUUAAACGAACCUUUACGAAAAAUCUCAGAGGAGUGCUCAAAUGAAGAAUUAAAGAAUCUAAUUGGAUCCAUACUAGAAGAUUUCGAAGACAACAAGCCAAAAGCCACAAGGUACAAAGUAGAGGACCAGAAGACUGAACUGGACAAGGCGAUUGAUGAUGUCUGUGAUCCUCUUUUGCCAGUCAGAGGACAUGGACUAAUGACUCUAGCAAAAUUGGUGGAGAAGAAGGACAAGUCCACUUUAGAACGGAAACAAUACGUCCUUAACAUCUUCCAGCAAAAUCUAAAGAACGACGACUCAUUCAUUUACUUAAGCGCCAUCGGAGGACUGGCAGCCAUGGCCGACAUAUUUCCAGACACAGUCCUGAACAUCUUAUGCGAAGAAUACAGCGACUUCACGAAAAAAGACGGCCACGAGGUAAGGAUGAAGCUGGGCGAAGUACUGGUGCGGACCACAAAAAUACUGGGCGAAAUGGCACCGAAAUACAAAGCCCUGCUCCUGAACACGUUCCUGAACGGCGCCAAAGACGACGACCACUUAAUCAGGUCGUCGAGCCUGUCGAAUUUGGGCGAGAUAUGCCGCGUGUUGGGCUACAAACUGGGAUCAAUCGUUACGGAGGUUUUGGUAUGUGUUCACGCCAUAAUUAGCACCGAUAAGGCGGCGGAGGCACGACGCGCCGCCGUUACAGUUAUAAGACAGUUGUUCGUCGGUCUCGAUAGUGAAAUGAUAGCGUUCCUGAAAGAUGACAUCCUGCCCAUAUACAGGACGCUCAAGCAGAUCUACAACGACGAUAAGGACGAUGUUAUGCGGCUGCAAGCCCAACUUGCCCUCGAGGAACUUAACGAGAACAUGAAGAAUUUCGUAUUUCCAAAGCCGCAAUUACACAUGGAGAAAAAAAUUGUAAUGCUUAAUUGAUUUUUUAAUAAACUAUCUCAUUAUUUA